AUGGGAAGAAACAUGAGGAUUAUUCUUAUUUCUUGGCACUUUCUUGGGGUGUAUUCCGCCCUUUGGGGUUUGGCAGCGGGGGCUUUUCCGAGCUCGGUGCAGAUAGGUGGAUUGUUCAUUAGGAAUACUGAUCAGGAGUACACCGCGUUUCGCCUGGCCAUUUUCCUCCACAACACCAGCCCCAAUGCCACGGAAGCGCCGUUUAACCUGGUGCCCCAUGUGGACAACAUAGAGACCGCAAAUAGCUUCGCCGUCACCAAUGCAUUCUGUUCGCAGUACUCCCGAGGGGUCUUCGCCAUCUUCGGCCUUUACGACAAGCGCUCAGUGAACACGCUCACGUCCUUCUGCGGAGCCCUGCACAUCAGCCUGGUGACCCCCAGCUUCCCCACGGAGGGAGAGGGACAGUUCACUCUGCAGCUCAGACCGUCCAUCCGCGGUGCCCUGCUCUCCAUUCUGGAUCACUACGACUGGAACCGAUUUGUUUUCCUCUAUGACACAGACAGAGGUUAUGCAAUUCUGCAGGCAAUUAUGGAGAGAGCAGGGCAGAAUGGCUGGCAGGUAAGUGCCAUCUGCGUGGAGAGUUUCAAUGAGGCGGCCUAUAGGAGGUUGUUGGAGGAUCUGGACAGACGACAGGAGAGGAAGUUUGUGAUCGACCUGGAGCCAGAAAGACUACAGAGCAUACUGGAGCAGGCUGUGAGUGUGGGGAAGCAUGUGAAGGGAUAUCAUUACAUCAUCGCAAAUCUGGGUUUUAAGGACAUAUCUUUAGAGCGCUUCAUGCAUGGAGGGGCCAACGUGACCGGAUUCCAGCUGGUGGACUUCAGUAAGCCAAUCGUUAUUAAACUAAUGCAGCGCUGGAACAAACUGGAUCAGAGAGAGUACCCGGGAUCAGAGAGCCCACCCAAGUACACGUCGUCCCUAACCUACGACGGCGUUCUCGUGAUGGCCGAGGCUUUCCGAACCUUACGGCGGCAAAAGAUUGACAUCAGUCGCCGUGGCAACGCUGGCGACUGUUUGGCAAACCCGGCGGCUCCGUGGAAUCAGGGCAUAGACAUGGAGCGGGCACUCAAACAGGUUCGGAUUCAAGGCCUCACUGGGAAUGUUCAGUUUGAUCACUAUGGUCGCCGGGUCAACUACACCAUGGAUGUGUUUGAACUGAAGGGCAAUGGUCCACGCAAGAUUGGCUACUGGAAUGACAUCGACAAGCUGGUGCUGGUGCAGAAUGAGAAUGCUCUUUCCAAUGACAGCUCCUCCAUGGAGAACCGGACCGUUGUCGUGACCACCAUCAUGGAGGGGCCAUACGUGAUGCUGAAGAAGAACUGGGAGCUGUACGAGGGGAACGAACAGUUCGAAGGCUACUGUGUGGACUUAGCCUCGGAGAUCGCCAAACACAUCGGGAUCAAGUACAAGAUCUCCAUAGUCCCCGAUGGAAAGUACGGAGCCAGAGACCCCGAGACGAAGAUCUGGAACGGCAUGGUGGGGGAGCUCGUGUAUGGGAAAGCGGAGAUCGCCGUUGCCCCGUUGACCAUCACGUUGGUUCGAGAGGAGGUGAUUGACUUCUCCAAGCCCUUCAUGUCCCUGGGAAUCUCCAUAAUGAUAAAGAAGCCGCAGAAGUCCAAACCGGGAGUCUUUUCGUUCCUGGACCCUCUGGCCUACGAGAUCUGGAUGUGCAUAGUGUUCGCCUACAUCGGAGUCAGUGUGGUGCUGUUCCUGGUGAGCCGCUUCAGCCCAUACGAGUGGCAUGCUGAGGAGCCUGAGGAGGGGGCCGCGGAGCAGGGCCCGACCGACCAACCCCCCAACGAAUUCGGUAUCUUCAACUCCCUCUGGUUCUCCCUCGGCGCCUUCAUGCAACAGGGCUGUGACAUCUCCCCCCGAUCUCUAUCGGGCCGGAUAGUUGGGGGUGUGUGGUGGUUCUUCACUCUGAUCAUCAUCUCCUCCUACACGGCUAACCUGGCUGCCUUCCUCACCGUGGAGAGGAUGGUGUCGCCGAUAGAGAGCGCAGAGGACCUGGCCAAGCAGACCGAGAUCGCCUAUGGGACGCUGGACUCGGGAUCUACCAAGGAGUUCUUCAGGCGCUCCAAAAUCGCCGUGUAUGAGAAAAUGUGGUCUUACAUGAAAUCCGCCGAGCCCACCGUGUUCACCAAGACCACCGCGGAGGGAGUGGCCCGCGUGCGCAAAUCCAAGGGGAAGUACGCCUUUCUGCUCGAGUCCACCAUGAACGAGUACACGGAGCAGAGGAAGCCCUGCGACACCAUGAAAGUGGGAGGGAACCUGGACUCCAAAGGCUACGGCAUCGCCACCCCGAAAGGCUCACAGUUAAGAAAUGCGGUCAACCUGGCCGUGCUAAAGCUCAACGAGCAGGGCCUGUUGGACAAAUUGAAAAACAAGUGGUGGUAUGACAAAGGAGAAUGUGGCAGCGGGGGAGGGGAUUCCAAGGACAAGUCAUCCCAAGCCCUCAGCCUGUCCAACGUGGCGGGGGUCUUCUACAUCCUGGUGGGCGGUCUGGGCUUGGCUAUGCUGGUGGCGCUGGUCGAGUUCUGCUACAAGUCCCGGGCCGAAGCCAAGCGCAUGAAGUUGACUUUCACCGAAGCCAUGCGAAACAAGGCGCGUCUGUCCAUUACGGGGAGUGUGGGGGAGAACGGGCGCGUCCUGACUCCGGACUGUCCCAAAGCUGUGCACGCGCCCCACAGCACCCUGCGACACCCUGGCCUCGCUGUGGUCUCCUCUGGACUGCCCUGA